UAAAAGUCUCAUGCUUUUUUCAUUUUAUGUUCCUCUUACACUCAUUCCUAACCAAUUUUUUCUCUUAAGAAAAAAUAAAUAAAUACAUCAUAUAUAGUAUAAACUUUAUACCUUCAUUAUUUUCUUACAUUUUAUCUAUUAUGAUCUUUUAAUUUGCAAAUAUAAGUUAACAUAAUAAUUUAUAUGCUAAGAAGAUAUACUUAAGAUGGUAAGACCUCCUCCAUGUUGUGAUAAACUAAAUGCGAGGAAGGGAGCUUGGGGUGAAGCUAAGGAUGGUACUACAUUCGCGUAUGUAUCGAAGCAGGGGACGACGAAUUGGAAUUCUGUUCCAAGAAAAACAGGGACAAAAAGAUGUGGGAAGAAUUGUAGAAUAAGGUGGAAUAAUAAUAAUUAUACGAGGUCUGAUCUACAUGAUGAGGGUUUCACUCAACAGGAAGAGGAGCUUAUCAUCAAGCUUCAUGCUGCUGUUGGUAGCAGGUGGGGUUUAAUAGCGCAUCAGCUACCAGGAAGAACAGAAAAUGACAUAAAGAACCAUUGGAAUACCAAGUUAAGGAAGAAGCUAACUGAGAUGGGGAUUGAUCCCAUAACUCAUAAACCAUUUUCCCAAAUCCUAGCUGAUUAUGGGAACAUUGGCGGUGUUUCUAGGUCUUCUGACACCCCAAAGUAUAUCGGAACUUUCAGAAAGGAUCUGAAGAAAGCUAGCAGUAACACAUCUAGCCUUCCUAAACCAGAUUCUUUUACUACACCUUCAUACACUUUCCUCUCAAAUUCACAAGUAUCUCAUAAUAAUAUCUUACCUAUGCAAAACAACUAUGCUACAAAUAGCAGUAACAGUCACUCCCUAGACCUUCUGUCUCAACUGCAAGCCAUAAGCUUUGUCACUGAAGGACCAAAUUCCGAUACUAAUGUACCAACCAAUAACAGCAGCUAUGAUUUCUUAACCUUACCUUCACCUAAAUCAUCGUCGAAUUCAUCAACAUCAGCUUGUUCUUCAGGAUAUAACAAUGCAGGGGAAAUGGCCAAGUCCCCUGAGUGUUUUAGUUGGCAUGAUUUUCUCCUAGAGGAGGCGUUCAAACCAGCUCAAAGUCAGGUACAAGAGCAAGAAGAGAAUAAUUUGGCAGAGUUUUUGUUGAUUAAUGACAAUAGAGGGGUUGAUUGUAAGGAAAUCCAAGCUGGUUCUUCACCAUUAAUAGCUUCCUCGGAUGCUUCAUCAUUUUUGGAGGCGAUGCUGGAUCAAGAAAACGACAUGUUCUUGAGCUUUCCAGGGCUUAUGGAAGAGCCAUCAUACUAAAAAAUUGAUCAUAAUACUUAUUCCUUAAAUAAGAAUCCAGGAAAUACUGAUUGCUAAUGACCUUUUCCUUUAUGAUUCAUUGAUGUCUUAGAUGGAGAAUAUUAUACAGGCCUUCAAAUCCGAUUAGUAAGGUCAUCAACUCUGACCAUUUACUUGUUAAACAUUGCAAAAGUAUAA